CUCUCAUGUUUCAUGUCGGUGCCACAUUGCUUAACUCUUUCUCUUUCAUUUUCCAAAUUACAACUUUACUUCCCCCACUCAUUCAUUAUCCAUCCUUUUUCAUUUCAUCCAUGUGGUGCCAUUAUUUAAUCUCUAAAUACCCUUCCAUUUCUGUUUUGCUUGCAUGCUUUAUACGACUUUGCUGUUUAUCAUUUGCAUUUAUUCAUGUUAGUCCUAAAAAAUGUGUCCACUCUUUAAGCCCUUGUACGGUGUGUUACAUUAUUACAGCUAUUGUUGCUGCAUUCAUUGGUAAUUUAUUAGAAAAGUAGAAAACUUGCUCAUUUAUCACUUGCCAUUCUGUGUGUGACUCAACUUUGACAACUCCACACCCUGUUGAAUAAAAGUUUCCUUUUUUAAUCCCCCCAAAAGAAUAUGCUUGUUCUCCGACCUCUCUUCUUUCCCUCCAACUCUUAGUACUGCACUCUCCUUUUCAUGCUUUAAGUUAAGGAUUCUGGUGAAGCAACCCUUUUAGUUGCCCCCAUUGUGUUGGCAAUGUGCCAAAGAAGCAAGUGUGGUGGAGGCAUGAAGCUGCUGAGGAUGUUUGUGUUUGUGGGGUUGGUGGUUGUGAAAUGGGUGGAAGGCUUUGAGAAUGCUAAUGUGACAGACAUGGACGUGCAAUAUGUCAGUGGAAGAGGUUACUACAACAGACCUUUGCUGGUUGGUCUUACUCUUAUUAAUGGUGCUGCUGCUAAAGGAGCUGUUUGCCUGGAUGGAUCUUUACCAGGUUACCACUUCCACCGUGGAUAUGGUUCAGGAUCAAACAGUUGGCUCAUACAAUUGGAGGGAGGAGGCUGGUGUGGAACUAUUAAAAAUUGUGUUUAUAGUAAGAAAACACGUCAUGGUUCAUCAUUGUAUAUGGAAAAACAAAUACCAUUUAUUGGGAUAUUGAGCAACAAAGCUGAGGAAAAUCCAGAUUUUUUCAAUUGGAAUAGAAUAAAAAUCCGUUAUUGUGACGGUGCAUCAUUUAGUGGGAACAGUCAAAAUGUGAGAGCAGGGUUGUAUUUCAGAGGGCAACGCAUUUGGCAAGCUGCUAUGGAAGAUUUGAUGUCAAAAGGGAUGCGCUAUGCCAAACAGGCUCUUCUAUCCGGAUGUUCUGCAGGAGGAUUAGCUUCUAUUAUACAUUGUGAUGAAUUUAGGGAAUUGUUUCCUAGAACCACAAGAGUUAAAUGCUUAAGUGAUGCUGGAUUAUUCCUUGAUUCCGUUGAUGUAUCUGGCCGUCGCAGCUUAAGGAAUUUGUUUGGAAGUGUGGUGACCUUACAGGGAGUUCAAAAGAGCCUUCCAAGGAGUUGUACCAGUCGCCUCAAUCCAAUUUUGUGCUAUUUUCCUCAGCACUUAAUUGCCAGUGUUAGGACACCACUGUUUCUUCUCAAUGCAGCUUAUGAUACUUGGCAGGUUCAAGCCAGUCUUGCUCCACCAUCUGCUGACUACCGAUGGAACUGGUUUGAAUGCAGAAAAAAUUAUGCACGUUGCAGUGCACCACAGUUACAGUAUCUUCAAGGUUUUCGAAAUCAGAUGCUUAGAGCUACAAGAGGCUUCUCAAGGUCUUACAAAAACGGGCUAUUCAUAAAUUCAUGUUUCGCUCAUUGCCAAUCAGAAAGACAGGAUACGUGGUUUGCUAGCAAUUCUCCUCGCAUUGGAAAUAGAGGGAUCGCAGAGUCUGUUGGGAACUGGUAUUUUGACCGAGUUAGAGUCCAAGCCAUUGGUUGCGCUUACCCUUGUGACAAAACCUGCCAUAAUCUGGUUUUCAAGUGAUAAAUCACUCAAGUAUCAUUCUUUCAAUAAUUUUCUUCUGCUCUUACAUUGCAAGUGCAUUCCUGUGGGGAUCUGAAAAGAGAAAGCUAGAAAAAUCUAGCUCUAGUAUAGAACACAACCAGUUUAUUUCCAUAAAUCAUAAUAUUCAUUCUAGUAAAACUUUGGUGAGCUUAUUCACUUUUCAUUUAAUUAUUAUUAGCAAGUGUAUACGGUUCCUGUAUCUGGAACUUUGAACCGUGGACUGUAAUCCAAAUGAUUAAGUUUUGCUUUCUGCCUCUUUACUUCUCAAUACACAUUAUUGUACUUGUAAGAAUUCGAUCGAUUAAAUAUCAUAUCAUCUUUUACUCUCGUUGAGAUCAA